ACUGCAUUGAAUGGCAAUUAAUGGUGUGGGUGAGCGCCCUUGAAUGAAUGUACACAAUAGCUCUCUCAAUUCCACGGUGCUGCUACCCUCUACAUAAACGAGUGAAAUGCAUUGGGCAAGGUUGCGAGGUGGAGAAAUCAGAGACCACGAGACAGAAGGCAAGUACGCUACGCACAGUCAGAGGUGGCUGGGUGGAAAAGACAAGGAAGAAAAACAAGGGGCGCUCUUUGGUUUCAAUGGGUUUGAUCAGCGGAGGGGUGUUCUUCAAGAUCUUGGCGUUCCUCUGCUUCAUCAGAUUAUCUCAAGGAAGAAACCAUUCCGCAUCACCGGAUCUCCCUCCCCUCCGGAAGGCAAGCAGUUUCUCCAAAAUCCAGCAUGAGGCGUAUGACUACAUCAUUGUCGGCGGAGGCACGGCCGGAUGCCCAUUGGCCGCAACGCUGUCGAAGAAGUACAAGGUGCUCUUGCUUGAGAGAGGUGGAUCUCCAUAUGGCAACCGCAACAUCUCAUACCUUGAGAACUUCCACAUUUGCUUGACCGAUCAAUCGAAGAAUUCCCCAUCUCAGGGAUUCAUCUCCACUGAUGGUGUCAUCAAUGCCCGAGCAAAGGUUCUAGGUGGAGGAACAUGUAUCAAUGCCGGCUUCUACAGCCGAGCCAACCGAAGAUUUGUGCAGGAUGCAGGAUGGGAUGAAGAGUUGGUGAAUCAGUCCUACCCCUGGGUCGAAGAGAGGAUUGUUUAUUGGCCAAAGAUUGCGCCUUGGCAAGCCGCCCUUCGUGAUGGUCUGCUUGAAGCAGGGGUAUCGCCUUACAAUGGAUAUACCUAUGACCAUCUCUUUGGAACCAAAGUUGGGGGAACCAUCUUUGAUGAGGCUGGGUACCGGCACACUGCUGCUGACCUCUUAGCUGCUGCAAAUCCUAACAACCUCAAAGUGCUGCUUCAUGCUAGUGUGAACAAAAUAAUGUUCAAAACGAGACAUGGACAUCAAAAACAGAGUGCUAUUGGGGUUCAAUUUACGGAUGAGAAUGGCGGGCACCAUCAAGCCUUUCUCAGCCAGAAGAGAGGCAGUGAGAUCAUUGUCUCUGCCGGCGCAAUUGGAAGCCCCCAGCUGUUAUUGAUCAGCGGCAUUGGACCAAAGAGUGAACUUAAGAAGCAUAACAUUCCUAUAGUUCUUCACAACGAACACGUGGGUAAAGGGAUGUCAGACAACCCACUGAGCUCCGUAUUUAUACCCACCAAGGAUCCCCCAAAGCAAUCUCUUAUUGAGACUGUUGGAAUAACUGAUGAUGGUGUGUUUAUCGAAGCCAGCAGCGGUUUUGGCCAGACAGGGGAGAGCAUCCACUGCCACCAUGGAAUCAUGUCUGCUGAGAUUGGGCAGUUGUCGACGAUUCCUCCAAAGGAGAGAAGUUUAGAAGCAGUCCGUAAGUAUGUACGUAACAAAAAUAGCCUACCCAAAGAAGUAUUCCAUGGAGGGUUUAUUCUUUCGAAGAUUGAUGGCCCGUUGUCUACUGGUAAUCUAGUUCUUGUGGAUACUGAUCCCAACAGCAAUCCUAAGGUCACCUUCAACUACUUCAACCAUCCACAGGAUCUGAGACGAUGUGUUUACGGGAUCAAGACCAUAGAGAGAAUAGUUAGUACAAACACUUUCUCAAACUUUACUCCCAAAGAUGGUGGAUAUUCAAUGGAAAAACUGCUCAACAUGAGUGUAGCAGCUAACAUAAACCUGAUACCGAAGCACACAAAUGACAGCACAUCCUUGGAGCAGUUUUGCAGGGAUACAGUGGUCACCAUCUGGCAUUACCAUGGUGGGUGCCAUGUAGGCAAGGUGGUUGACCAACAGUACAAAGUUAUUGGCGCCUCAGGCCUCCGGGUAAUUGACGGAUCAACCCUAUCCAGGUCGCCAGGAACAAACCCACAAGCCACAGUCAUGAUGAUGGGCAGAUACAUGGGAGUAAAGAUCUUAAGGGAAAGGUUAGGACGAGCGGCUGGAGUAUAAUAAUAGAUACUUGGACAUUAUUAUCUUGUUCAUCAUGUAAGAAUGUGACUUAGGAGAGAAGUAAAUAGUAAUUUUUGAAGAGAUUCAUCAACGACCACCAAA